UAUAAAAAUUAAAUUAAAAUGUUUAGUACUAUACUAUAAUAUUAUUGUUCACAACUUUAUUAUUGUACAAUUUAACUUUUUUUAAUGAAAUUUGGAAGUAUCUAAUGGUGAUGUAAAUCUGGGAAAGUAAGAGAGUUAUCAUGCUCACAUCAAGUAGUACUGAAGUAGACCCGAGAGAGGUUACGUCAUGUUUCCGUCAGGUAUAGUAGAUGGAGUAGACCCGGGAGAGUUUACAAACGGCCAUAUUAUUAUUUAUCUAUAGAAGGACGGAAACCAAAACAAAAUUUGCGGUUUUUUUGUUUUUAACCCCGGUUCUGCACACCGGUUUUAAUACCUAACCAUAACAAAAGUCUUAGGGUUUGGUUCUGGUUAUAUGAACUACUAAGGUUUUGGUUAACAACUCGCAUACUGUUUUUUUAUGAAUAAAACAAGUACUGGCUUAAAUACCCGGACACGUCAAUAAACUCUAAUAAUAUGGAAACCAAAUAGUUGUAUGAAAAACAAUUUCAUCUUAAACAAACAUUGUUUACUGACAAAAGUAAAUUCUUUACAAAUCAGUGGAAAAAUGGAGAAUUAUAAUCCUUAUUCGUGCGAUGUAUGCGAUAAAUCGUUCAGUAAAAGUAGCACUUUGACAACACACCAGCGCACGCACACCGGCGAAAAACCGUACCCUUGCGAUGUCUGUGAUAAGUCAUUCAGUCAAAGCGGCAGCUUAAAGAGACAUCGACGCACGCACAGUGGCGAAAAACGUUUCGCGUGCAAUGUGUGUGACAAGUGUUUCGGUCAAAGUAGCAGUUUGACGGAACAUCGGCGCACGCACACUGGCGAAAAACCGUACGCAUUUGAUGUAUGUGAAAAAUCGUUUGGUCAAAGCAGCAGUUUGACGAAGCAUCGGCGCACGCACACCGGUGACAAACCGUACACGUGUGAUUUGUGUGACAAGUCAUUCACCGACAGCGGUAGUUUAACAAGACAUCGGCGCACGCACACCGGCGAAACACCCUACGUAUGUGAUUUGUGCGACAAGCCGUUCAUUGAAUGUGGCAUUUUGACGACACAUCGACGCACGCACACUGGUGAAAGACCGUACGCUUGCGAAGUAUGUGACAAGUCGUUUGGCCAAAAAAGUAGCACCGGCGCACGCACACCGGUGAUAAACCGUACGCAUGUGAUACGUGUGACAAGUCGUUCGGUGAGAGUGGCAGUCUGACAAGACAUCGGCGGCGCACGCAUUCUGGCGAAAAUUCGAAAGUGCGUCAUGGUGUACGACGUGCUGUAAUCUGUAUGGAUUAAAGGUGCAGUAUGAUCAAAGGGAUGAACUAUUAAAAGAUGAUAAAUCUUGAUAACAUAGUAUUAUGGUAGCACUGUUCAAGCGUUAAUUAUUUCAUGUACCUAGUUAUUUACUUAUUAGCUAUUAAUAUUAAAUUGUUAAUUUGUCAUGUGCAAAAAUAAAAUGUACUCAUCUCAUAAGGUUUUCGAUAUUUCAAAAAUACAAAGUGGUUUUCAAUUUUCCAUUUAAAAUAUUGAAUAUCAGUAUUUACAAUCAGUAGGUAUUCAUUUUUAUUUUUAUUAUCAAAAGGAAAAUUAUUCAUGUUCGUUGAUGACAUAGCACUAUUUAAUUUUGAAGAUAAUUGGGAAAAAUUGAAACAUACUGUCAAAACCGAUUUACGGUAUACGAGUAUCUAUGACAUGAUGAAAAAAUAUCUGUUAAUACGUCUUAACAUAAACAAAUCGGUUUGCAUGUUACUAUAGUACCUACACAGUUUUCUGUUGGAUAUAACUUUAUAAUUCAUAAAUAUGGAACUGGUAUGACAAAAUGCACUUGUAAACCAACUAAAAUAGUAACUAUUUUCAUUUAAAUAUUUAGGAGUGAUUUUAACCUAAAAUGGUCAUAAUACAUACAGCAUAUUAAAAAUAAAAUGAAGAGCUUAACUGUAUUAUUUUAGAAAAUUCGAUUUCUUGAUGAAUAAAUUAUAAUACAAAUAUUUAUGGCACUAUGUAAUUUGAUUCUAUUAUGCGGCAUAACAUGUUGGGGAGCCUCUAAUAAAACAUACAUUAAUACAUUGCAUAUUAUUACCCAAAAAAAUAUUGUAUAAGUAAAGUACUCCCUACCAUUAAAUUACCCAUCAAAGGAAAUAUUCAACCAUCAAUAUAAAUUAUUUGUUUAUAAAUUAUACAUUAGACAAAUUUUAGUAAAAUCCAUACCACACACUCAAUGGUACAGAAAUAAUAGACGGAAGAACAUAAAAAUACACGAAGCCGUCAUAUACAUUAUUAACAAGUUCAUAAAACUCUCACAAUGUCACGGGAAAAAUCAUAUUAAAAAAUUUAAAUAACGAAGUAGAGUCUAAUAAAAAGUUUAUGUGUACGUUAAUCCGAUAAUACCAAUGAUAAUUAUAAUCAAUAAAAAAUAUAAUAAAUAUAAUUAGUGAUUUUGAUGACAAUCAAUAAAAUUAUAAACAUUUUGUAUUUAAGUAUGUAACGCUGAUGUUAAUUGUGUUUUAAAGUACAUAUCUAUUAUAUUAUGUUUAAUUAAUUAAAUCAUUUUUUUAUUUGUAUAAUUAUUUACUAUGAAAUGAAUUGUAAUAUAGAUGAACUCCGGUAUACCAGAUACGAGCUUAUAGCUCGGCUGGUGUUUGUAUUAGCCAGGGCUUCGAAACGUUUUUAUAACGUUAUAGUAUAACGUUAAACACAUAAAAAAACGAUUGAAAUUGAUAGCGGAUAACAUAUUGAUAAACGAUAAGCGAUUGAAACGAAUAACUGUUAACGUAUCAGUAAACGAUAAACGAUUGAAAUGGUUAACGGAUAACAUAUCGCUAAACGAUAAACGAUUGAAAACGGAUAACGAAACAGAAACGAUAAACGAUUAAAACUGUUUAUCGUUGAUUGAAUGACUAUCAAUAAAAUAUAUAUUAUGGUUAUUUUUGUAAUAUUAUAUUUUCAAAUCACUCUGUUUUAUGUGGGAAACAAGCUAUAUCCAUCAGAUAACGCUAAACGCCUUAUAAUGUUUAAAUGUUUAAAACGUUUAAACGCUUCA